AUGAAAACAAUUAGCAUUUUGAAUGAUAUAUUAAUUAAUUAUCAGGAUCCUUGUCAGUUUGAGUUAUUAGAUGGAAAAGUAAGUAUCAAUAAUUUAAUACGCAAACGGAUGAAAAUAAGGAAAACUAACUUGACUAAUUGUAAAUUAAUAUAUUAAGAAAUUAUAAAGUUAAUUUAAUUUGCAAGAACUUUCAGAGGUAACUAAAAAUUCAUCUUAGCCUGUAACAUGGUUGAAGCGGAUCGUAAAAAUUCAAGUUGAACUGAUUGGAUUCAGAAAAUAGAUAGAACCUCUACCUUUAAGUAAUCGAAGAAAUCUUGUCAAUAUAUUAGAAUAUGAGAUCAAGGAGAACAAUAUUUCGAAUUUCACCCUAUAUGUUAUGAGAAAAAUCAAUUAGUUAGUGGAUAGCAAUCAACAGUUGGCAUUUGUUACAAAGAGCUUGGUAUGAUUGGAAUUUAGCAAACCUACCUUAAUAUGUAUGAUUAUUGCCUCUAAGUUACAAUACAAGUUUUAAGAACUAUUG